CUAUGAAGAAGAACAGAAACCUCGUCUAUCUCUUGCAAGCAGCACUGCUGUUAACUCUCUUCUCUUCAACAAUCAUGCUGAUGAAGUCUCUCUCGCUUCAUUCCCAUGCUUUCCCAAGUUUUUCUAGCGAUAUCGGUGUAAACUCGAAAUGGGUACCCUUCAAAUCCUCUAAUUUUCUCAGUUGUACCUCAAAGCCUCGAGUUUUACAGAGGUUUUUGUGUCUGAGCACUCAAAACGGUGGCAUUGUGGGAAGCACUGGUGGGGUUGGUCGUGGAGAUGCAGUGAUUAUUGUGGAUCAUGGGUCUCGUCGUCAAGAGUCCAAUCUCAUGCUUAAUGAGUUUGUGGAGAUGUUUAAACACAAGACUGGAUACGAGAUUGUGGAGCCUGCUCAUAUGGAAUUAGCAGAGCCAUCAAUUGGAGAUGCUUUUGGAUCCUGUGUUCAGCAAGGUGCACACCGCAUUAUUAUCAGUCCAUUUUUCCUCUCUCCUGGAAGGCAUUGGAGUCAGGAUAUUCCUUCCUUGAGUGCAGAGGCAGCAAAGCAGCACCCAGGUGUGCCAUAUAUAGUAACUGCACCCCUUGGACUGCAUGAACUACUUGUGGAUGUUGUGAAUGAUAGAAUCGAGCAUUGCUUAAAGCAUGUUGCUGGAGAUGCAGAUGAGUGUUUAGUUUGUGCCGGAACUGGUAAAUGCAGACUUCAUUAAUCUAUGAAAGUAUAUUCUUUUGGGUGCUCUAUACAAGGUAGAUGAGGCUGAAAGCCAAAGGAGUAUGUAAAUAAGUUUCAUAUGUUUGGAAGCCAUGACUUCAAGAUGUAGAUGGAAUGUUGCAAAUUUGCAAAUUGCAAUGGACAUUUGUGUUCAUAGUCGUCAAUGGCCAUUUUCAGAAGAAAGAUUCAAGAUGAACUGUAUAAUCUGAGUUGACACUUGAAGUUAGCCCUUGUAUACUAAAUUGUAGUCCUUAUUCUUAUUUCUUAAAUUUCACAUCAAAACACGGAUUAAAUAAAUAUUAAAUAUUUGUCAA